UAUAUUGUUUAGUCAACUUCUAUGAUCCGGAGCGUUUGCACGUAUAUGUCUCGAUUGUGCGUGUAUAUUUAUUAAUUUAUUUUUUUUUUAUUUUCACAACGUUUCUUUCCUCGCUGUGAGCUCGGAGAGUGUUUUGCCUCAAACUGGAAAAUCCGCGAUGACAGUACGGUGGACGACGUAGCAGAUGAGAAAUCUGUUUUUCGGUGAUCGUAAAACAAUUUGGAUGAAUUAUCCAAACGAAACGUGCGCGACUGAGAAGAGAACUACGAAAUCGACCGUGUACGCGAACGCUCUCCUGCAUAUAGGCAUACGAAUUAGAAACCGUAGGUCAGUGGAACGCAAAGUGUUGGUUAGAAACAAAAGUGCGAAGAAUCGAAUUUUCGCUAGUUUGACAUGUUAAUGAUGAUGAAAAGUAUCAAUAUUGGAAGAAAUAACACAUGAGAACUUGCUGAAGCACGUAAAGCUGUUUGGCUUACGAAAAGCGUGUUUAUCGAUAGACGUACCUGAAGGUUUGGAACACAGCUGAUCUGUAUCGUACUUUGUGACAUCGAAAGUCAACGAGCGCGCAAUUUUAAGCACCGGUACUGUUCCGGUGACAGAAGAAACCAGAAUAGCAAGUGAUCUAAUCUGAAGAGAAAGAUAUGUGCUGAAGUGUGUUUAUGUUUUGAUCGGUUCCGUCGACGAAAGUUGAGUUCUUUAUGGGUGCCGGCAAAAAAGGUUCCCAAAUAAAUGCCUCAAUUAAUUUGAAUAAUCUUGAAUGAAGAAACAGAAAUUUACAUAAUUUGUAUACUCUCGCGGGGCGCAGUAGCAACAAGCAAAAACAACAACAACAGUGGCAGCAUCCGCGAAGUGAUCAAGAACAUAAAGUUGAGUUCGGCGAACAAAUAAGAAAACGAAAUACAGUAAAAUUCCAGCGCCAGUAAAACAAAUCAAAAGAGUUAGAGAGAAGAAAAGAGAAGUUAUUAGCAAGGAGUAAACACACCUGAGAGAUGAUUGAUCGAUUCUAGCUGCACUGGAGAAUUGAAUUAUCGAUAUAUGCGCGUUGGUUCACCGAUAGACUUGAGAGCGCGACACAGACAUACAGCCUUUCGGGUGUUGAGUGGAAACUGGAAAAGGAAGACAAACAAAACAACUCUCCGAUUUGAUUACUUUGACGUGAUCGACAUUUUUUGUGUGCCUCGUGGGAUCGUCAGCAAGAACUAAAAGUUAUCGAAGACCUGUUGUUGCUAGAGAGCUCGGUCAAGACUGGUCGGGUUUUUUGUCAAGUGAAACUUGAAAGCAAAACGGAACAACCAACAGCACCUGAGAUAAGCUGGGCCUGAAUAGAAUAUUGCGGUGCCGCUGAGGCGUGUUAUGCUAGUGAGCCAUAUUUCAUAAGAUAGGAAAACUGAGCCCAAAUUUGGAGCCCUGCCCCGCCAGCGUGGAAGGGCUUAACAGCCCUAGAGCGGUGGGGAUGGCCGCCACCACGUACAUGUCACCCAGUGGCGAGCUUGAUAUGGCCUUAGGCGGCGGAUAUCAUACAUCUUCACCGCGGAGUGCAGCCGAUGCCAACGAGAUGAAGUAUAUGCAUCAUCACCACCACCACCAGAGUCAUCACCAUGUGCCCUCUAGUCCUAGUCCUAAUCAGGCUGGUCUGGGCUCAGUGACGGGUGGUUUAGGUGGUGUUGGUAAUCCAUGGGCUGCAAUUCAGCCGACUGAUCCUUGGGGUUUGCACUCCCAUCAUCCACAUUCCCACCCGCAUGCUACAGACGUGAAACAGGAAAUGCAUUUAUCGCAACAAGCUCGAGCACAACAAGGUAUGGCUUCGCCACAUGCUUGGCAUGCACCGGUGCAUCCUGGAACGCACUAUGCUACCGGAGGAUCUCCUCUGCAGUACCACCAUGCAAUGAACGGCAUGCUUCACCAUCCUGCUCAUCCUGCUCAUCACCAAAGUGCACCACCUCUACAUCACUCGUUACGAGGUGAAUCGCCCCAGCUACAUAUACCACACCACCACCUGCAAGGCGAUCGGGAUGUGAGUGCCGGCGAAGAAGACACUCCAACAUCUGACGAUCUAGAAGCGUUUGCUAAGCAAUUCAAACAGAGACGAAUCAAGCUAGGAUUUACACAAGCUGAUGUUGGCCUAGCGCUGGGCACCCUCUAUGGCAAUGUAUUCUCCCAAACAACGAUAUGUCGAUUUGAGGCUCUACAGUUAAGUUUUAAGAAUAUGUGCAAACUAAAGCCACUGCUACAGAAAUGGCUUGAGGAGGCUGAUUCGACGACAGGAUCCCCAACGAGCAUCGAUAAGAUUGCCGCUCAGGGUCGGAAACGAAAAAAGCGAACGAGCAUCGAGGUGUCAGUGAAGGGAGCCCUAGAACAACACUUCCAUAAACAGCCGAAACCGUCGGCUCAAGAAAUUACCUCACUUGCCGAUUCGCUCCAGCUAGAGAAGGAAGUAGUUCGGGUAUGGUUCUGCAAUCGACGGCAGAAAGAGAAACGAAUGACACCACCGAAUACGAUGGGUGGCGACAUGAUGGAUGGAAUGCCACCCGGACAUAUGGGCCAUGGUGGCCAUGGAUAUCAUCCGCAUCACGAUAUGCAUGGUAGUCCAAUGGGUACCCAUAGUCAUAGCCACAGCCCGCCCAUGCUCAGCCCUCAGAGUAUGGGCGGUGGAGGGCACCAUCAGCUUACGGCCCACUAGCAAUCAGAGCACCAGGAGUCCAGCAAUAAUCCGGCGGCAUUCCAACCAAUACACCAUCAUCCUGCAAUUAUGCAGCCACAUGCCGCCAUUGCCGUCUCCUCCGCCCCCGGGAAUAGCUAUAGCUUAGCAUCGACCACCACAAAUACCUCUUCGCCACCGUCUUCGACGUCGUCGUCAUCCACAACGGCUGCUGGAACACUAGCAGCCGCCUCAGGAGCGUCACCUUCGUCAUCGGCGGCGGCCGCUGCUGCCGCUCAAAUGUACAUAGAUCACCGGCAUCACCAGCAGCAGCAGCAGAUGCAUGCUAGGCGGAUAUUUCAAGAAUGGACUCUGCAGUUCGGACCAACCGGAACAGCAACUGGUGCACGAUAUCUCAACUAAAACCGCGGACAGCUUGGAACAAGCUGAUUCCGCACUCUCUACGACACAUUCCCACUACAUCCCAACCAAUGAACGGCAACCUUAACACACGAAACCAAUAAAACAAGCAAGCUAGUAAAAUAGAAAAUAAAUUGAUGCCCCCUAAAUGAAUUGUUUAAAUAAAAGUUUAAACUUUAAAAAAGCAAGCAAAAAGUGGUGACUUAAAUUAUACAAUUGGUGAGAAUUCGAUCGAAACUGUGUUUACCUGUACAUAGACGAGAAUAUGUAGAAGUGAGUAACGAUGUAAGUUUAAUAUAAUCAGUAUGGGGUAAAAUCCAGACAUGAACAUAGUAUGAAAGAAAGUAGAAUUUAUAUAUGAGCUAACGAAAAAAUAACAAAACAAACAACAAGAGCUAGAUAGAAAUGAAUGAAGCGAAAUUUCAUGAGCAAAAAACCAGAGAUGUUCUAGUGAUAUGUAACGGGCGAGUAAAACGUAACGUGAUGAAACCUUACAAACACGUGCAACCAAGUUUGUUCUUACGAGCAUUAAUAGUCGAUCGAAAUAAGCGUUCCAUCGUCAGUGAAAACCAUUUCAACUGUAAGUACAUUUGCCCUUUUUGUCCGCGAGUGUUGAUAUCGAACGGCGACGGCACUUAAUUCAUGACUGAGCGAUACAUUAAGCAGCGUGCAGCCGACGGUAGAGCGACGUGGUUAUUAAAAGUUCCAGUUUGAUAUGGUGCAGCUGAAAUUAAUUGGCAGCUGCUUAGCAAAAGUGAGGAAUUUUCGAAGAAUUGUUCUGUAGCAGGACCUUUGGGAAUAACCCUGGGCCAUGCACUAGAGGUAAUGGUGUCGUAAAUUUUUGAAGUAUCGCUCUCUGUGCCACCUUGGAUUUGUUCUUUUUCUCCGUCGCUCCGUAGAAUGUGUUGAAAGUGUAGUUUGCGUUCUUCCUUUCUCUGCGCCUCGUGCGGGAAAUUUCCUGUUCAGGAAAUUCCGGUAGUAUCCUUUUACGACCUGGAGCCCCCGAAGCCGACGGCAGGCCGAUUAGUGAUGAUUGCUUUCUCUCGGCCUCCUUCUUUUGUUACUUUCACACCUCGGCAAAGGAUCGCUAAUAAGUCGCAAACGGAGUUCCCAUCUGGUCCGUUUCGUUUCUUUUUUUUUCUGUUUGCUACGGAUCCUUUUGUGGGUGGGUCCUAAAAUUUACUGGGUCAACAAGGGGCAGGGAUAUUGAUGGGUUUCUCGGAGCGCAGUUUCAAGGAUUUUCCCAUCAGUGGUUUGAAUUGCCCUUGCAAACAGUUGUUUCCAGAUGUAUCUACCUGACAUACGUCUAAGUCGGGUAUUUCCGGAUUGAAAGCACAAGGCUUCUGCCCUUACGGUUGAAUCGGUUCUCGGACGAGAAACGUUUAUUCGUAUAUAUUGCAAGCUCGAACACAAAUGUCCACAGCUGUAUACCGAACCAUUAAAGAGGGACGAUAAAGAUACAAGAAAAUAUUUGUAAAAAUCCAUCUGAUGAUGGCGUAUAAAGCAAAGCACUAGGCCGUUGUAUAGAAUCAUCUGGAAAAAAAAAUAAGAAAAUACCGAAAAAAGUGUACGAAACAAUUACAAGAACAUAGAAUACCAAUAUUUGUAUAAUGGAACUUGUGUAAGUACCAUACGACGAAGAGGAGUAUCUCCACAAUAAAAGCAAACAUUCCAAAUGAAA